CUUUAAAUUAUGUAGUAGCCUUUUGGCCAACGCACAUGCGGAGUGUUUUUGUCACUUCCUGCCAGCUGCGUUAGGUUAAUCACUUCCUUGAAGAGCUCUGAUUUGAGGAUUCGUUUAUCUCAAAUCAUGCAUCUGCGCAAUACUUCCCAAGGCUGCCUUGCCAUUAAACGGGCUCUUCCGGUAUCUUCACGAUCUCAGCUGUCAUUCUUAUUUGCAAACAAAGAUCCCGUGCUCGGAUGUUUGCAGCUCCGCCGCCCGUCCACCCCGUUUAUCACUUGAAUCGUGCUGUUACCGGAUAAAAUGGGAGAAAACGGCGACACCGAGAUCAUAGAGCAUCACGUUGACGAGGAGAUGGAGAAGAAGAGGAUAUUAAGAAGUCAUGGCUCUUCGUUCAUGGAUAGUGUUACACCGUCGGAGAGGGAUGGACACAGUAGUACGCAGUCUUCCCACCGGCUGCUGGCAUACAGUGACGCGCUCAUCUCAAUCAUAGCCACUGUUAUGAUAUUACCUGUUGCACAUACAAAGGUCCAAGAUAACGAGGAAUUGAAGGAGAGUCUGCAGGUUCUGCUCACCACUAAGAUAGCUGUGUACCUGAUGACCUUCCUCAUAGUGACCGUAGCAUGGGCUGCUCAUAUCAGGUUAUUUCAAGUCAUUGAACGUAUUGAUGACUGCCUUGCACUUCUCAACCUAGCUUGUAUGAUGUUGAUCACCUUUCUGCCGUACACAUUCUCCCUCAUGGCGACGUUUCCUGAGAACAUCUUGGGAAUCCUCCUGUUCUGUGCCUGCGUCAUGGUGUUAGGCUUCAUUCAGGCUGUUAUAGUGGUGUACGGCUUCAGCCGUCCGUUCCUGCUCAACGACCAGAUCCAGGUGUCGGAGAACCAGGUGUUCUAUAAACAUCACAUCCUGAAGGUCAUCAUGAGGGUCCCCAUCAUGUGCUUCUUCGCCAGUAUCUUCUCAUUCAUCUUCUUUCAGAUGUCCUAUGUGAUCCUAGCCAUCGUAAUCUUCCUGCCUUACAUCUCCCAGUCUCUAAAAUGGUGCCGCAGCAAAGCUAUCGGCCAGGUGGAGGAGACCCCAGAUUCCAUGGUGUUUUACACGUAUCAUCCAAACGAACCCCUCAGCAAGGAGAGGGUGGAGGCCUUCAGCGACGGCGUGUUUGCCAUCGUAGCUACUCUCCUCAUCUUAGACAUAUGUGAGGACAAUGUCCCCGACCCAGUGAUGGUCCAGAAGCAGUAUGGUGGCAGUCUGGUGGCUGCCCUGCAGAACUAUGGUCCAGAGUACCUGGCCUACUUCGGCUCCUUCGCUACCGUGGCUCUCCUCUGGUUUGUCCAUCACUCUCUCUUCCUUCACGUCACCAGGACCACUCGUUUCAUGGGCCUCCUCAACACCUUCUCUCUGGCCUUCGUAGGGGGCCUGCCCUUGGCCUACCAGCUGACCCACGAGUUCCCCCGAACUCGCAACGAGCUGGAGGCCAUCCAGAUCAGCUGCAUCAUCAUCUUCUUCGCCGGCGUCUUCCAGCUCGCCAUCUGGGUGGCGGCGCUGUUCAGCGAACGCGAGACGCUACACCCUUAUGUGCGUUACGGCGGCCGUGAGCACGCCUUCAUGUUGGCCAAGCUGGCGCUGUACCCGUGCGUGGCCCUGGGGACCUUUUUCCUCACCUGUAUUCUCAGUCAAUUCAGCGCGUCUAUUUUCCACCUGAUGGAGAUUACGGUGCCGUUUGCUUUCCUGUUGCUGAGGCUGCUGGUCAGAGGCGGGUUGACGCUGCUCCGGCUCAUAUUCUGCCCGGAGACGAGGAGUGCUCUGGAGGAGGAGGAGGAGGAGGAAGAGGAGGCUAGGAUGCCCUUCAAUACCAUGGUCACUUAGUGGUUGUCAUUUAGCUCGAUGGUCAGUUUGCUCCGGGUCUGUAUUCACAAAUGUUGCAGAGUAGGAGUGCUGAUCUAGGCUCAGUUGACGGAUAUAUCAUAAUGUGUAUAUAAUGAAUAAGAUUGUAUGGACAAGUGGGUUCCUGAUCCUAGAUCAGCUUUGUGAAUACAGGUUCUGGGACUGGGGACGUGGUCUGUCGGACAGAUGUACAGUAGCUACAGCUCGUCUUGACCUCUGAAGGGAGAGUUUGAGGUCGAUUCCAUUUGAACUGCACAUUCAGUUUUGUAUUGAUGAGUCAUUUUCUUUUCAAAUUGGUUGUAAGUCAAGUGGUCGUUAAAGGAAAUAACACUGAGCCAGAGAGAAGUGGAGAGUACAACCAAUGUAAUUGACAGCCCUCCCAUUUUUAUAAUUUGUACCGUUGAGAAUCUAGUCUGUUUGUGCCAACAUUUGCACUCCAAACAUGUUUGGUGUGAGGAGGCACAGGGGGUCGUGUUAAGAGUUCAGAAAUCUGCAUUUUUAAACCAUUUCACCUGCGUUUUAAUAUUGAAAGUCAAGUUUAUUUGUU